CCAACGGCUGGCUUUCACCACCGUGGAACACCUCGGCUUUUCGUCGCUCUUCUUCGGCGAAGACUGCCGGACAAAGCCAUGGAUGAGAGUCAUCGUUCCGGGGAAGGAAACCAGAGUGGAAACCAGGACACCGAGAACACGCAGGGAGAAGCCGACAGGCUGCGAGAAGCCAAGCAGACCAAGGUCGCAGAGAAAGUUGCGCGCAUGGACAUUUGCAUGGCCGAAGUCCUGCGUGCCACGCGGGCACAUCAAGCCUUCCAAAACACGGCAGAAGCACUACGUCCCGACUUUGGGGGGAACUUCUACAGCAAGAGUUUCAUGACCGAGGAGAUCACAUGCUUUUGGUCACAUUCAUGGCAUGGUGGACAUUGGAUGAAGGUCAUGACGCUUUUGAUUCACUACAAUGGGCAGGCAGCAGUUCUGUUUGGUUCCCUCUUCGCUUUGGUUGCCACGGUUUGCUUCAGCUUGGGGCUUCUACCUGGUAUGGUGCGCUUUCCAGAGGCUCCGGACAUGCAGUGGUCAACCUGGUCACUGGCAAGUGGCUUCACUGCUGCGGUCUUCGUCUUAGUCCUUUGGCGCCCGCAGCAGCUCAUCUUCCUGGACCGGAUUUGCAUCAACAACAGCGACGCGGAGCAGAAGAAAGCCAGCAUUCUGAGCUUAGGUGGAAUCUUGAAGAGGUCACAGAGACUGAUGGUGCUUUGGGAUCCAUCCUGGUGCGAUCGCCUUUGGUGUUUGUUCGAACUUGCUGCCUUCUUGAAGAGUAAGCAGGCCCAAAAGAAUCAAGUGCUACUCGUCCAACCCACGAUCCUCGGUCCAUGCUCGCUGAUCAAUUUCUUUUGCGUGUCUUUCGUGAUGUUGCCAGCGACCACCAUUUCCUUCGCUGGAGGUUCUUUCGGCUUAGUCGUCCCUGCCUUGGGAGUGGUUCUUUUCCUUCUUAUCAGUGGCUGCUUCGUCUUCGCCGUCCUGCGCGCCUAUUUUCGCUCGCUCGAGGCCCUCAAGGAGAGGUUGCAGAACAUCAGCUUCGAUCACUGCAGAUGUGCAUGUUGUGAUGUCGACCAUAUCAUCGACCAAGCUCCUGUUUUGUGUGAUCGGGAGAUUGUCAAGGAAUGUGUUUGCAUUUGGUUCGGCAGCACAGAGGGCUUUGAAGAUUGCAUCAGAUCUGAGGUUUUGGAGGUCGUCACUAGCAGAUUGCAAGAUCAAGUCUUCACUAGACAGUGGAUCCUGGCGGUGCAUAUUCCAAUUCUUUGGGCCUUUUUCGACUUUGCCGCCUCCUAUGCACUGAUGGGUGAAUAUGAGGAAGCUCUUCCACUGAUCAUCGAGGGAUUGGUGAUUUGGUUCUGUUGUAGUCCCAUUUUCGUGGAUUGCAUCACCUCCUUGGCCUGUCGCUACAGCCAGAAGGCCACCUCAACCUGUUGGGAGAUCCUCACGAACAUCAGCUUAGUGCUCUUGGGCUCCGCUCUCUUCAGUGUCACAGGGGCAACCUACGUUCUUUGCCAGGGCUUUCUACCCCUUGACAAGAACUGGUAUGCGACUGCAGUUUUUGGAUGCCUUUGGUGCAUUUUAGCCUUGGGCCAUUUUUGCUACAAAGCUUCAUGCAGGUCUCACAAAUAAAUCUCGUUUAUUUUUUGUAGCUUUUUGUCUUGGCUGUCGUGGCUGAGCAUACGGAUCGACCUCGGAGA